AUGAGUCAAUACCCGCCCCCCAACUCAGGCCCUACGCGUGGUUCUUAUGGUAUGAUGCCUAAUCAGUAUCAACAACCUCAGCAGGGCUACCCAACAUCAUCUUCGAUGAUGCCGCAAGCUUCUGUCGCGGCUUCUCACCCACAGCCCAUCGCGCCAGCUCCUGCGGCAGCGCGACCUCCUGUUCUUCGUCCCAUGCCCGCUGGCGGAGUUAUGCCGCAGACUGGACUGCCAUCUCCUUAUAGUGGAAGUCCAAUGAUGCAGCAUCAACAAUCUCUACUUCAGCAGGACAACGACCAACCUACGCAUGUAGUUGGCUCGCAAGGACGCCGUGGUAUAUUACCCAGCGCUCCGGGAAGACCCGCUGCCCCGACCGGUAGUGGUGCAUCCAAGAAUACGGUAAUCCCGCAGAAAGAUGCAGACGGGAAAUUUCCUUGCCCCCACUGUACAAAGACUUACCUCCACGCGAAGCACCUUAAACGCCACCUUCUCCGCCACACCGGCGACCGCCCAUACAUGUGCGUGUUGUGCCGUGAUACGUUUUCGCGAAGUGACAUCCUGAAACGUCACUUCCAAAAGUGCUCGAUUCGACGAGGAAACCCUACCGGGGUGAGCCAUUUGUCUCAUCCCCAAGCACACGUUAAGAAACAGCAGCAGAAUGCGCAGAAGGCUAACGAGGGUGAUAUGGGACAUAUGAAUGGCAUGACUAACAUGCCAGGUGAUAAUGUCGUCCACCCUUUCGGUAUGGUCCAGAUCCAAGAUGGUAUGGGAAACAUGGCCAACGACCAGAAUCAGCUUUCUAGAUCAAGCAGUAUGAGUCGGAUGGACGAGAACGGUAACCGGGAUCGGAGAAGCAUGACCGGCGGCUACAACGGCGAUGUGUCGAAUUCGAUAUCUUCGAAUAUCAACCCUCAGUUGGCCAACUUCACCAUGCCCCAGGGCCAAAAUGGCAUGCCCAUGUAUGGAGCUUCUGGCUCAAACCAACAAUCUGGCCUUGACUGGUCCCAGAUGUUUCCACAGUCUGGUGCGCACCAUGCCUACGUCAAUCAGUUCCCUCCUAAUAUUGGACAGAAUCAGACCGCAAUCAAAACCGAGCCUAACCUUCCUUCCGAAAGAACCAGUGGCAUGCCAGGCAUGGCCCCGAACGAUGUGAACGACCGAUCGCUUUUUUUCUCGAAUUGGGGCAUGCAACCGUCGGCGCACGACCCUUACCAUCGACUCUCUUCGCAAAUCCUCAACUUUUUCCACCCUCCCGGCACGGUACCCUCCAACCACACCGCCGGCCUUAACGACUUUUUUUCUCCUGUCAACAUUAGAGACUUUCUUGAUUCAUACAUCCAUUUUCACUUCCAUUUUUCAUUCCUCCACAUCCCCACCUUCCGUAUCAUGGACGCUUAUACGGGUCUCAUAGCCGCAAUGUGUUGUAUCGGCGCUUGUUACUCUGAUAAUGCCGCAUCUUCAAACGUUCGAGAGAUAACAAAUUUUUUAAAGAUAGCACUCGAGCGCGAUUGCGACCUGCUCGGUAGCAACGAAGCGCAAGCCGGUCUUAAGUUCGGCAAUGGCAGAGACAGAAGGGAUAUCGAGCGGUUACAGGCACUUAUUCUAAUGUCGUCGCUUCUUAUUUGGAACGGCACACCUGUCCAGCGCGAAAGUGCUAGGAGAAUCUUUCCUCUGGUGGUGGAUAUUAGCCGAAGAUUUGAUCUGCUGCAAGUCAGAAACGACUCAGCCUUAUACAGCAUUUUUCAUCAGCCAAAAAUAUCGUUGGAAGAUCUGAAUCCCGGACAAUUUGAUUGGGCGGCGUGGGUCGAACAAGAGUCGCGCAUCCGAGUGAUGCAUAUGAUAUAUCUUCUCGAUGUUGCGCGUACCCUUUACUUCAACUGCGAACCUCAAUUUGAUUCCUUCGAGAUUCGUGUCCCUUUGCCUGCAGACGAUGCGGUCUGGGAAGCACAAUCCGCAGUUGAUUGCGCGCAGGGAUUAAAUUUAUAUGGAUCUGACGCGGCGAGGAGACAAAACCCAGAUGGAUCACAGCGCAGCAAACAACCAGAGUUAAAUCUAACGCUCGCCGCCCUCUUCCAUGGAUCAUAUCAAAUACAUCCAGGAAGCACCAACUUAUACGGCAAGUUCAUAUUGAUUCACGCCAUCAUUUCUCAGAUUCGGCGUGCUCAAAUCGAGGGCCGUGUUGCUGCGUUGGAUGGUUCUGCCACACCUCUUUCACAGAAUGAUUGGGUUAUCUCCAAUGGAUCAGAUACAGGAAGUGGUAAUGCAAGUGCCAACAAUAGCACAGCUGGUACACCGGUGGCUGGGUUUUCGGCUCAAACGUAUAAGACUCUCUGCACUGCGCUUGAUAAGUUUAAGUCGUACUGGGAUAUGGACAUGGCGAUCCAGUUUCCUCCUUCGGUCUCUAAUCCUCGACGAUACGGCUUCUGUCGUGAUGGAAUACACUUUUUUUGGCUUGCAAAAUGGAUGCUCAAGAAUACUACGGUGGCGGAUUUGCAGUUGGCCCCGGAUAGUCGAUUUAAGCAGGUUAUUGAACUGCUUAAAACUGUGAAGUCGUGGGUCAUGACGGACGGUGCUUCAAGAGGCGAAGAACUCGGGUCUGUAAGCGAUAUCGACAACGACUUCGCCGUUACCAAUCUUACUCUAGACAUGACGCAACUUUUCAAACCUUUGCCGUCAGUUGUGGAGUCUCCUGGCAUGCCCGCUGUUAAAACGGAAGUUUAA